GGCUAACAGCCCAGAAGGGGAGCUCCUUUGGUUUUCAAGAUGGCAGCAACUAGUGGUGAAAGCCAGCUGCAGCGGAUUAUCAGAGACUUGCAAGAUGCUGUGACUGAAUUAAGUAAAGAAUUUAAAGAAGGAGCAGAACCGAUCACAGAUGACAGUGUCAACUUGCAAAAAUUCUCCUACAAGCUUGAGUACCUUCUACAGUUUGACCAGAAAGAAAAAAACACAUUGCUGGGGAACAAAAAAGACUACUGGGAUUAUUUCUGUGACUGUCUGGCAAAAGUCAAAGGAGCUAAUGAUGGAAUCCGCUUUGUCAAGUCUAUUACAGAACUACGAACAUCUCUUGGAAAAGGAAGAGCAUUUCUUCGUUACUCCCUCGUUCACCAAAGGCUAGCAGACACCUUGCAGCAAUGUUUUAUGAACACCAAGGUGACCAGUGACUGGUACUAUGCAAGAAGUCCAUUUCUGAAUUCCAAAAUGAGUUCUGACAUUGUGGGUCAACUCUAUGAGCUCACUGACGUUCAGUUUGACUUGGCAUCAAGAGGCUAUGAUUUAGAUGCUGCUUGGCCAGCAUUUGCCAGGAGGACACUGUCCUCACUUGGAUCUUCAGCAUAUUUAUGGAAGCCCCCAAGUCGCAGUUCCAGCAUGAGCAGUUUAGUGAGCAAUUAUUUGCAGGCCCAAGAGUUUCCCUCCAGCCCUGAUGUAAAUAGCUCCCUAAAUGUUGAACACCUUGAGGGCUUUGAGGAGAUGCGUGUAGAACUCGACCAGGCUGAGCUGAGGCAGAGGGAACUUCAAGAUCGUAUUCACCAGCUAGAAAUGGAAAACCAGGAGCUCCAGGCAGCUGUCAGCCUUCAGAAAGAACAGGUACAGGUAGAAAAGGAGAAGAGCAAUAACUACAGCAAGGAGAACUGCCGGCUGACAAAGAUGAUCACAGAGUUACAGAAACAGUGUGAGGUCUCGCACUCCACUCAGAGCACUGUUCAUGACCUGCAGAAGUGCCUGCAGUCACUGGAACUGAAUGCAGUGGAGCAGCAGAAGGAAUAUUCAACAAAGCUGGAGCACCUGGUGACCAGCAAGGAAGACUGUGCCUCAAAACUGCAGGUGUUGAAUCAGGAGCUGGAGGCCUCUAGGGCUUUGGUUGCUAUGAAGGAUCUUUUCAUCGAUGAACUCAAAGCCAAGCUGAGUUCCACAGAACAGAAGAACCUCAACCUCCUCGCAAAAGUUGACGCUGCCUUGGAGGAAAAGGGACAGCAAGCCACAGCCCACUGUGACUCUGCCCUACAGAUACAGGCACUGUUAGAGAAGCUUCAGGAGUCAGAAGAGGAAAAGGCAGAUAUGCAAAGGUUCAAUGAUAAACAUGCGUCUCAGCUGAAAGCAGCAAGAGAGCAGCUGCAGCUGAAAGAAGAGGCACAGAAGGAACUGGAAUCCAGAUACAAUCGCCUCACUGCUGACUCCAAAGAAGAGAGUCAAAAGCUGCUUGGGAGCCUGGAAACCAUGGCAAAGGAAAUGGAUGCACUUCAGAAGGCCCUGACCCUGAAAGGAAAGGAGAUGGCUGAGCUCCAGACCCAAGUAAUGGGGUCGCUGGCUCAGGUGGGGUCACUGGAAAAAAAUCUUGAGGAAGCAAGGAAAGAAAAAGAGAAACUUGAGGAAGAGUAUAGUAGGAGGGAAGGAACACUGAAGCAGGAAGCCCAGUCGCAAGCAGAGCAACUUGAACUACAGGAGGGUCGCUUAACAAAGGUGAGUCAGACUGUGUGUAACCUUGAGGAGCAAAACCAGAAACUCUUGUCUGAGAAGGAGCAUCUCAGCCAGAAAGUCAAGGAGUUGGAGGAGCAGAUGGAGCAGCAAAACUCUGCAGUGAGCGAAAUGGGUGAAGAGAGCAGAAAGCUGAAAGCAGAGAAUGCGAAUUUGCAGCAGUCCAAGAAGAAGAUGGAAGGGAAGCUGAAAAAUUUGGAAGCUUCUAAAGCUUCCCUGGAAGCCGAGGUAGCCAGGCUGAGAGCCUCUGAGAAACAGCUUCAGAGUGAGAUAGAUGAUGCCCUGGUGUCAGUUGAUGAAAAAGAGAAGAAGCUCCGGGGUGAGAACAAACAGCUGGAUGAAGACUUGCAGAAUGCCAGGAGGCAAAACCAAAUUCUGGAGGAGAGAUUAGAGGCUCUGCACUCAGACUAUGAAGAACUAAAGCAAAGAGAAGAGACCACAAAGGAGUCUUAUGCCUCACUUGAAGGACAGCUGAAGAGUGCCAAACAGCAUAGUUUACAAAUGGAAAAAAGCUUAGGCACCUUGAAGGAAAGCAAAGAGUGUCUCCAGUCACAGCUCACAGAGAAGGAAGUAGAACUGCAAGGCAUGGAGAGCCAGUGUAAGCAGCUAAGAGCAGAAGCUGAAAGACAUAGGAAGAAAGCAGAGACUCUUGAGGUAGAAAAGCUCAGUGUUGAAAAGACAUGCCUUCAUCAGACAAAGCUUAUUGAAAACCUCACAUCAGAGAAGGAAUCAGUGGAAAAACACCAGCUACAGCAGGUGGCUUCUCUGGAGAAGGAGGCCAAAGAGCUGGCCUCCAGACUGACUAUGAGUGAAGAGCAGUUGGAGGUCAACUGGGGUGAAGUGUCUAGGCUGCAAGGAGAAGUCCUCAACCUGCGAGUCAAGCUUCAGCAGACUGCUGAUGAGAGAGAGCAGAUGAGAGGUGAGCUCGCAAUCACAGAGACUGUCUUGGGUGAGCAGAAGGUGCUUGUCCAGCAGCUGAAAGAGCAGAGUGAGUCACUCAACAGAAACCAUGUGCAAGAACUGGUGGAAUGUAAAGAAAGAGAAGAAGUGCUGAAAAAAGAGCAGGAGACAGCAGCCCAUCAAAAAGCUGAGCUGGAAAGUAAUUUGCUGAACCUGAAGGAAGAGCUAUCCAAGGUUAAGCAGUACUUGGAAGUUGCUAGAAUGGAAAAUGAAGAAAACAAAGAUCUCCUGCACAGGACCAACACAGAUAUGGCUGAACUUGGUAUUCAGAUUUGUGCCUUGACCUCUGAGAAGAUGGAUGCAGAAGAGCAGUUAGCCCAGGCCAUAGAAAGGCUCAAAGAACUGGAAGAACAGGCAGCAGAGCAACAGGAGAAGCUGAAGCUUGACAUCUCUAAUCUCAGACAGGAGAAUAAGAGCCUGCAAGAGAAAUUAGAGGAGGCUCAAAUAUGUGCCACAGCUGUCCCAAAUCUGCAAUUGCAGCUGGAGACAGUAAAGAAACAGGCACAGAGUUUCCAAGAGGCCAGCCAAGAAGAGCUGUCUGCAAUAAAAUUUCAAAUGAGCACUGAGAUUCUAAAUUAUCAGACAAAAUUCAAGGCUGUCAGUGAAGAGUGUGGGAAAGUAAGAGAGCAACUUGAGGAGCAGAAACGACAACAGCAUGCUGCAGAGGAAGAGAUUGCGGAGUUACAAGCUGCAAACACGAGUUUGUCUAGAAAGCUGGAUGAAGCAAGAGAGCAGCUGUCUGAAUCAGAAUCUGCUCGGCUGCAGAAGGAAGAGGAGGUGAUGUCUCUGAGAGAACUCUUGGAAAGGAUCCAAAAAGAAGCUGAUGAAGCAAAAGAGAAGGUCCUGGAUUACAGUGAGAAGCUCAGCAAGGUGGCAGCAGACAAAGACAGCAGUGACCAGAAGUUAUUUGCUGAACUGGAUGACCUGACGAGAACAAAACAGUUCCUUGAAGAACGUUUGAUAGAACUUAUCAGAGAUAAGGAUGCUUUAUGGCAAAAAUCAGAUGCUCUGGAGUUCCAGCAAAAGCUUAGUGCAGAGCAAAGGUGGCAGGGGGACACAGAGGUUAAUCAUUGUCUGGACUGCCAGAGAGAGUUCUCAUGGAUGGUGCGCCGACAUCACUGCAGAAUGUGUGGUCGCAUUUUCUGCUACUACUGCUGCAACAACUACAUGGUGACAAAACCUGGUGGAAAAAAGGAGCGUUGCUGCAGAGCUUGCUUUAAUAAGCCUAGAGUCAUUGUGGACAGUACAGAUGACUCUGGAUCCAGUGCCAACCAGGAAGGGUCACCAGCUUCAUUGGAAUCACCUGUGUCACCAUCUGAGCGAGUUUUUGUUGCAAGUGAAGCCUCUAAACCACCAGAUGAUGCAGCAUUUGAUAUAAUCACUGAUGAAGAGCUGUGCCAAGUACAGGAAUCAGACUCUCUCCACAAUGAAAGUCAGAUGGAGGGAGAGUCUCUGGAUCAAAGUGUGACAGAUCUAAACAGCAUGUGUAAUUCUUCAACCUUUGAUGAAUCGGAAGAGUGGCAAGUUGCUCAAGAUGCUGAGAUAUGCUUGUUGAAGUCAGGAGAAAUCAUGAUCAAAUUACCCCUUACAGUGGAAGAGAUCUUAAAUUUUGGAGAAAGCAACAGAGAGCUGUUCAUUAAAUCCAGCACCUACAGUAUCAUUCCCAUCACUGUUACAGAGAUGGGCCUAACAAUUAGCUGGAUCUUUUCGUCAGACCCUAAAAGCAUAUCCUUCAGCGUUGUCUACCAAGAAUCAGAAGACACGCCACUGGAUCAGUGCAAAGUUCUUAUUCCUAUGACCCGCUGCAACUCUCAUAAGGAAACUAUCAGAGGACAGGUGAAAGUCAGAAACUCUGGAAUCUACACACUGAUAUUUGACAACACAUUCUCUAGGUUUAUCUCAAAAAGAGUGUUUUAUCACUUGGCUGUCGAGCGACCUGUCAUCUAUGAUGGAAGUGAUUUUCCACAGCCUUGAAUAUACUGUGUUACUUUUAAUUAAAUUUUAAAGAAAUGCUAUUAUUUAUGUACAUGUAAGCAUUAUGAUUACCACUGUGUUUGAAGACUUUGAAACUAUGCAAUAGUUAUAAUGCAGUUAGAGAACAUGUAUACACUAAAAAACAGAAGCCUUUUUAGGAACACUAAUGGUUCUGUACUGUGUACAGAUUGCUGAAAAGCCAUGUUGUUUGAUUUAACAGGUCAAUAAUAACCAAAUUUUUUCAGUGGGGAGAAAAAUAAGUGUGGGGGUGUCUAAAUGCAAACUGAAAUUCUCUACUGAAAAUUGAAUUACUUUUCUUCAAAAAAUAUCCUUCAAAAGGAAAUUUAAUGAAAAAUGCCUAUUUUUCUUGACCUCUUCACUAAGGAGUAAACAUAACCAUUUCUGUUCUGCUCUACUGCUCUUACAGUCAGAACAACAACUAUGCAAUACUUCGCAGCCAUAUAUUGUAAUCCAUCUAGAAUUUUUUAUCUUUUCCAAGUUUUAUAAACAGCAAACAUAGGGGAUUUUUACAUUUUGGGCUAGGAUUUGGUAAGUCUGGCUUUUACAAAUGCUUUGGUACAGUUACAAAACAAUACAACACAAAGCAGCAACUCCUUUCACUUUCGCUCACCGUACUCUGUAAGUUGGUCCACUGAAGUCAGCUCUUAUGGUGAGUACCAGUGGCAUAAUCAGGAAUAUCAUUUGUAGAAUAAAGUACUGCUUACCGUGUGAUAUUAGGAAGAGGAGCAAUCUUUUUUCCUGCUUUAGCACCUUAGUCAUCCACGUUCACAGGAAAGCACAGUUUAUGAGGAGAUCAGCAGUCUCUCUCUCUAGACCAUGUGGAACGUAGCAAUAAUGUUUGAAUCAAUCUCAAAAAGUCCAUCCAAAACUGAAUGCAUAUCCAGCCCUGAUGAGCUCUCCACCCGGUGUUGGUGUAUUCUGCCCCUUUCCUCACCCUUGCAGUUGCCCUAGCCACUGCUAACUUUCCAUCUCAGAUUUGGGGACAGAGCUGGCUGUGAACGCUGCCUUUUAAGGAAGUCUGGGUUCUCAUUUAUACAAAAUUUCCAUGCAAACUGUCUGCUUUCUAUAUAGAAUUUCAACUUUUCGUCAAAAUACCUGAAAGCAGAUUUUUCUCUUAAGAAUCCCUGUCUUCUGAUGGAAAGGCAAAACAUUUUGGCAGGAGAAAGGAGAAAAGCUCUUUCUCCCAACCAGCCCUCCUCAUCAUUUUAGAUGUGUCUGAUUUCUAAAGUUACUGGUCUCCCAAGGAAAACUGAGACCUGGAAGGUUUUAGUUCAGCAGUUGGUAGUAGACCAGCUCAGCCUGCCAAGAGCCCUGUAGACUUUUGGUGGCAGCUGUAGCUGGUAUACAGGGGUCAUGGUGGGAGACAGAAAAUAAAACAUGAGGGGAAGGAAGAAAAAAGGGCAAGCACAAGGUGAAGCAAAUGAUUUAGGGGAGGGGAAAGAAAGUGCAGGGGCAAACUUGUAAAUGCAAAAACAAGAGCAGGGAAUUGGAGAGAUCAGCUCAACUAGGGAAGGAAGUCAGGAGAAUCCAGCUGGUGUUUAUGUGUUGCUGGUCCAAUCCAUUACCCAUAGGAGAUCUCCUUCUACGUCAAAAGGCUGGUUGUUUAAAAGAUGGAGAUCACAAGACAAGUGUUGGACAUUUGCACAGUAGUAGCUGAGGUAGAGGGAAAUUUCUGAUUAUAGGAAAGAAAAGAAUACUGCAGAUAAAGCUGAAGGUUGCUAAUCAUUCAUUCCAGUUGUUAACACUGUACAAAUACAGUGAUCUUAAAAGAUUGUGAAAGAAUGACUGCUUAUCAUGGAGCACCUAGAUUUUAGGUGUCUGGCUCAUCUGACUCAUUGAUAGCUUUCCCUUCCCUUCAGACACCUCUUCCCCAUAUUGGUGGUGUGCUCCCUAGCCUCGGCCAGGCAGAGGGGUCAGUGGAAGGUGCGAGCUGGUGUACUCCCUCUCCUGAGUGAACAGGCUGCAACACAGUUAAACCCUUACCUGGCUGUGUGCAUGAAAAUGAGAUGGACAAGAGACUAGAGUUGGCAAUAAACGGCGCAUGGAUCGGUUCAUGAAUUAUGGCAUAUUUCAGUGUUGAAGCUAUGUUUUAUAUUUAAUGAGGCAAGAAGAGAUUAUUUAUUGCUUAAAAAUGGAGUACUGUGUACCAUAUGCUAUGCAAUUUCACUGAGCUGUUACUGAAGUCUGGUGCAGUUUUCUUUUAAGCUUUUAGGUGUGGUUUUUAAAAGCAUUUUGCUGUUGUUUUAGUUAGAAUACUAAUCUUAACUAGGAUAUCUUUCUUAAAAUGCCAAAUGUAAGGUAAAGGGACAUUGUCAAGUAUCUUAGGCCAAAACAUGACAACUCUGCUCAAAAGUAUUUGAAAUACAUCCCUUCAAGAUUAUUUGACAGACUUACCUCUGGAUUUCCUCUCUGCAUCCUAGUUCUUAGCAUUUUUUCAUCCUAUGGCAAGUAUUUUUAAGCCACUGUUUAUGUAACUCUUAAAGUAAUUGGCUCCAUCUAGUAAGCCAGAUGUUUCCCUGCAAGUCUUUCAUGUAGACGGUCCUGAGGCUGGCUGAAGUAUAUGUUUGGGAGGAGGGGAAUAAAAACACUGGAUUGUUUCUAUUUAGCAUUUGAGUCUUUAUGGUACCUUUUCUUCAGGUUUUCUUGUGCCAUGAGAGUAGUUUUAUGGCUUUUUUGCUCUCUGAAAGAGGACUAAGAGUGGGAGCCAGAACCUGUAGUUUAAAGACGAGAAGAAAAGGUUUGCUUCUAACCAAGGAGAGUAUUUAAGGAGAAAAAAUUUCAAAAGAGGAAAUCCCCAAGCUGGUAAGACACAAGAAGUGGACAGGAGUGCAACUGUUCAAAGCAACUGUUCAAGAACAGGAAUCCCAUCAUGUCAGCUAGAAGAGGAGUCUUUUCCACCUCAGAAGCUGUGCAGAGAAGACAGUAAAGAAUCUGUCAUUAUUACCGACUUUUUGUUUGAAUGUCCCAGACAGUUUAUUACUGGAGCCAUGGAAACCUAAUAAAGGACUUAACACAA